AUGGAAGUUUACCAACAGAUAGCCGAGAAGGGAAUACUGUCGAAACCCCGACCUCUGAAGGAUCAAACAGGGGGAAACAAAAGCCUUUAUUGCGAAUAUCACAAGGGAUACGGGCACAAGACCCAAGACUGUUUCGACCUAAAGGAUACGCUAGAGCAAGCAAUUAGGGACGGGAAGCUUGCUGAAUUCUCCCACCUCAUUAGAGAGCCGAGGAGACGGAAUCGUGACCACGAGGGCGAGGACAGGUCUCAGGUGACAAGGCAACGCCAAGAACCGGAGGGAGACGACCACGGUCUCACGGUGGUGAACGUAGUAACGGCGAGGAAUUCGGCCCCGAGGUCGAGAUCGGCACAGAAGAAAGACGCCAAAGUCCUGGCAGUCUCCUCUUCAUAUGCGAGAAGUUUCCAGAGGCUCCCAUCCAUCUCCUUUGGUCCAGAAGACCAAUGGUUUGACGAGGUCCUGGAAAGUCCCCCCAUGGUCAUCACGGCCAGAGUUGGAACCGGUCUCGUCAAACGGAUCCUCGUGGAUACAGGGGCAGACUCAAACAUCAUGUUCUGCAACGUAUUUGAUGCCUUGGGAUUGCGUGACGCCGACCUAGCGACCCACCAGCACGGUGUGGUAGGGUUGGGCGACCACUUCAUCAAGUCGGAUGGGAUUAUCUCCCUCCCGACCUCCGUGGGACAAGGACAGAAGCGAAGGACAAUAAUGGCAGAUUUUGUAGUUUUGCGGGAUUCCACAGCCUACAACAUCAUCCUGGGGAGGAAAACCAUCAAUAACCUUGGAGCAGCGAUCAGUACAAAACUGCUCGUAAUGAAGUUUUUUACUGAUGACGGAUCCAUAGGAUCCAUUAGAUGA